AUGGAUGAAAUUUGCAAAGUUGUGCCUUCUCAAAGAGAAAAUGCUAAACUCAAUGUUCGUCGAGUAGUCACCAUUUUUCUUGAUGAUUUACACCAUCUCCAAAAAUUUGUUGAUCAUAAUCAUUCAUCUCAAGCUAGCAGUGCUGAAGAAAUUCAUCCUUAUAUAUCAUUAUAUAAUGCUCUUUGUAUGAAAAUUAAGCGUACUAGAAGCACAAAAAUGCCAUCACAACCGAAAACUCUUGAUGAAAUCAAUAUUCCAGAUUCACUUUUUCUU